UCGCUUUCCAGAAUCCCAUAACAAUUUCGACUCUCACAUCUAUCGCACUUUUUCCUCGUCCUUCUUACCCUCAAAGAGUCUAACAUAAUCCGCCUUCAUUUUCAUUCUACCUCUUCCCAUACUCUCCCUACGACAGCCAAUCGUCCGGCCUUCACUCCCCACGUCACAAGUUUCUCUUCCCAUCACUGAUCAUGCAACCCCGUUAUUCAAACUACGCCAUCGGCUUCAUCUUUGCGAUGUCCAUUUCAACUGCUACACCUGCUCCUCUCCCCAUCAGCUGGAGUGCCUCCAGCUUCAGCACAGCUGUUGAAGGCCUAGUUACAGGAUACACAGAGCAUAUACAAAAGGAAUACGGGACCGUACCUAACAUGCUGGGAGACGGGAAAAUGGUCGGACUUGUCAACGUUCAAGUAGGCAGCGAAGGUACCGACGUUUACAUUGGCGGGAAAAGGAUUGGUCUCUGA